AUGGAGAACACCGCGGCAGGCCAAAUCAAGGCUGAUAGUCGACGAGGCAGUGUCGGGUCGGAGAACUCCCAGACGGCGAAAGAGUUCAUCGAUUCCCAAACCCGCCUUGAGGCUGAUGCCCGAGAGGCUCUUCCCUAUUCUUUUGACUCCUGCACCUAUGACCUUGGCCCUCUGCGACAGAGCCUCUUCGCAUGCUUGACUUGCAACCCUCCACCCUCGGACUCAAAUGAUACUUCGUACACCCCGGCGGCCGUCUGCUACUCAUGCUCGAUUGCCUGCCAUGGCGAACACAUCCUGGUCGAACUCUUCAACAAGCGCGAUUUCGUUUGUGACUGUGGCACUACCCGCAUGCCCGCCAACGCCUUGUGCACUCUACGCGAAGACCCCGAGACAAAACGCAAGGGCGUCCAUUCGCAAAAAGCAGCAGCAGGUAACAAAUACAACCACAACUUCCGCAAUCGGUUCUGCGGCUGUGGAGAACAGUAUGAUCCACAUCAAGAGAAGGGUACCAUGUUCCAAUGUCUCGGUCUAGGCACAGUUGAGACUGGAGGCUGUGGUGAGGACUGGUGGCAUCCUGAGUGCCUUAUUGGUCUCCCAAGGGAUUGGUACAAGAACACAGAAGCUGCACCUCAGACACAGACAUUGGGUGGCGGGGAUGCCGCCGAUGAAGUGGAAGAAGAGGGCCUACCCCUUCCGCCAGGAUUUCCUGAUGAAGAUGAUUUCGAGCACCUGAUUUGCUUCAAAUGCAUUGACUCCAACCCAUGGUUGAAGCGAUAUGCUGGAACCAAAGGCUUUCUUCCGCCUGUCUACCGGGAUGGGGGUAUGAAACCCGAAUCUGUUGUCAAAGACGAAGCUCCUCAAGUAAAGAGCGAAGAGAUCUCAAAGGAGCAAGACCAGAACCCUAAGAAGCGCAAGGCUGAAGACGACGAGAACUCCGUUGAUCCCAGUGCGAAGCGCGCCAAGGAUGGCUCCCCAUCUAAAGAACAACCUUCCAAUCUUACCAGUAUUUCUGAAGAGCCCGCUUUUGAGCCCGCUCAGAGCACUCAGAGCACAACUGCUGCUCAACCGAAGCAUGCACUGCUACCGACCUCGGGGCCGGUUGAAUCGUUCUCGCUUUUCCUCUUAGAGGAUUUCCAGGAUCAGCUCUGCCGCUGUGCAGAUUGCUGGAAAUAUCUGUCAGAUCAUCGCCAGCUCCGCGAAGAGGAGGUCACGUACGAGCCUCCGCUCUCGGAAGACGGCGACGCCAACGGUGCUGCAAGCACCGGUACGGGCAGUCUCCUUGAACGCGGGGAGGCAGCUCUCAGCAACAUUGAUCGGGUGCGAGCGAUCGAGGGCGCCAUGAUCUACGAUCAUUUGCGCACCAAAGUGAAGGAUUUUUUGAAGCCCUUUGCGGACACUGGACGUGCGGUCGGCGCUGAAGACAUCAAGGAGUACUUUGAGAAGCUUCGGGGCGAUACGGCUGGAAUCCGGGAUGCAGCCCAGGCUGUAGAAAAGGGUGGACGUGAUGGUGGUAAUGGAGAUGGUGAUAGUCGUCGUGAGCAGAAUGGUGAGUUCAAGAUCCCCGAGUAUUCUUUCAUUGCUAAUGAGAAAUAG